AUGACUGCAACCGCAGAAGAAGAUGAUCCGUCAUACAUCGACUAUGAGGCCUUCCUCAAUCCCUCCUUCUCCCCGUCCAGCUUCGCCAAUUCUCUCGUCCUCACUACCAAUAACCCCACCGAUACGCCUCUCGAUCUUUCGACUCCCCUGUCCCGUGUGCUAUUCGAUGCGCAGGAAAUAAAUACCCAUAUCGAUGCCCUAACUACAAAGAGCGCCCUUCCGCUCCUCGCCCAUACGCAAGAGCAGACCACUUCGAGUGCCCGAAUAUUACAGGAGAUAGACUCCCAGGUCGCAAACCUGAAUGAUGGAUACAAAAGACUAGAGAAAGAGGUUCUGGUACGAUAUGAGACGGCCGAGGAUGUCAAGACAGUAGCAUCGAGGCUUUGGGAGACGGUGCGACUGGGGCGCUCCGUCGGUCGGAGUCUGCAAUUGGGACGGCAGCUCGAGAUACAGCUUUCUGAAGUUGGAGCGGCUGGGAAUCCAGUCAAAACACAAGGGCAGAAGGAAGACCAUCGAGCACUAAUCCGCUGCUCAAACACGUUAUUAAGCCUGCAUGAGCUCUUCUCCAAGAGCAGUCCGGGUGAAGAGGGCCAUGGCCUAGAGAGGGUAGAUGCUGUUCGGACAUUGCAGUCCUCAAUAGUCAAUCCUGCCGAGCGAACGGUACUCAUGAAAUCCCAACAAAUUGUCCGCGAUUUCUCCAUGAGUAGCCUUUCCACAGGGACGAACACCACCACUUAUGCUCAAACAUCCGAUACGAAGUCGCGCACCACAUCCGCGUUACUAUCCCUAUAUCUCCUCUCCUCCCUGCCGAGUGGGACGAAGAAGAAACAGGAAAAAUGGGAACCAGAUCUUCUCAUUCAAACCCUACAAGACUACCUCCGCGCCUCCCUGACUUCGUCACUUGCAUCCCUUGCUCGAUCAUUAGCUACUCUACCAUCCCUCGACUGCACCCUACUUGAGGUUUCUUCGCGCUGCCAGAAUAUCCUGGCACUCGAAUCGCUCCUCUCCUUAAUCUCGCCCCCAGUCCUGACCUCAUCAGUUGUUCCACCAGCAAACCUUCUGCAACCCCUUUUAGCAAGGUUAGAGACAGGGUCUCUUGUGUCUUAUUUCUGGCGCACAUUGGCAGGAAGUUUGGGUACCAAGGUAAUGGAGAUCAUGAACCGAGGAGGUGUUAGUGCGCGGACGUUGCGAAGUAAUAAAAACAGCGUCCGUGAUGCAAUUAGAGAGUGCGUGAUUCGCGGUGGUCAGGCUCCCCAGGGGAUAGGAGAGAAGAAGCCAAUCGAGAAGAGUUGGGAGCGUGAGGUAGCUGUCAUGGUUGGUAGUGUAGUAGGAACUCUCGGCCGGUAA